AUGCUUCGCACUACUUACAGGGCGCUUGAGCGAUAUCUUCUGAAAUAUGACCGGCACUCUCAAUAUCUAGCUGGAAUGCGAAACUCUGACCAUCGAAAUCUGUCACAUCUUCGAAAUCCAAGAGAAUAUACAUCGACAGCGAAGCAAAGAUGGGCUGGUCACAUAAUGAGAAGAGUGGACGACAGAUGGACGAAAAGAACAGUAGAGUGGGCUCCAAGAGAAUGCAAACGUCGCCUUGGACGACCACCUACACGAUGCGCGGAUGUGUUCGUAAACAAAGUUAAUCAGCUGUACCAGCAGCUGCCGUUUUUUUACAGAUCACGGCAUGAGAGUCGCACGCGCUACCAUUCUGGAACAAAACCACCACCAUAG